UACAAUACACUUUCAUAUUGCAACAAAAACAAAAACAAAAAAAAAACAGAUAAAAAAAUGGGUUGUGUAGUAGAACUAAUUGUUCUAUUAAUCAUGACUAUGUGUGUAAGUGUAAGAAUGUCUGGCGCUGAGAAUGAAAUCGCUCCAUCAGGUUUCGAUAACCCAAAAACAACAGUGGUGAUUGAUAAUGAUCUUGGAGGUUCUCUGCCACUGCGAUAUCAUUGUAAAUCAAAAGACGAUGAUCUUGGAGACCGGACUAUGGCACCAGGUGGAUCUUGGUUCUUUAGAUUUAGACCGAGCGUUUUUGGAAAUACUAAAUUCUCAUGCAGUUUUGCAUGGGGAAAUGAGUUGCAUUAUUUCGACAUCUAUCGACAGAAUAGAGACAGAGAAUUUGCCGAGUUUGGAUGCGUAAGAUGCGAGUGGAAGAUACGUAAAAACGGUCCUUGCAAAUUUAACAAAGACACCAAAAUGUUUGAUGUUUGUCUUCCUUGGAAGUCUUAA